CAGGUGCAGGCCCAAGGUGAGGGCAAGGUAGAGGUGUAAGAAUGCGUGGUGGUGGCAUUCCAAGGGCUGCAAGAACAGUAGUCAGUGAUGAAAUUCGUGCCACUAUCAUUGACCAUGUAAUCAACCACGGUCUCUCACUAAGAGAGGCUGGUGAAAGAGUCCAACCCAAUUUGAGUCGGUCAACGGUUGCCUCCAUUAUUCGCAUCUUUCAACAAACCAACAGAAUGCAACGUCUUCCACCCUCUGGGGGAAGAGGAAAGCUCCUCAAUAAUGAUCAAGAGCUUGCCAUUGUAGAAAUGGUUGUUGCAAAUAAUGCAAUUAAACUGCAUGAAAUCAAAACUAGAAUUGUGGAGGACCAUGAGAUAUUUGCCAAUAUAGAAAGCAUCAGCCUCACAACCAUUACGCGGACAUUGUCCAAACACCGAGUGCGGAUGAAGCAGCUCUACACUGUUCCCUUUGAAAGGAACAGUGAGAGAGUCAAGGAGCUACGACGACAAUAUGUCCAGAGAGUUAUGGAAUUGGAAGCCAACCAGGCCCCUCAUGAAUUCAUUUACAUCGAUGAGGCAGGAUUCAAUCUGUCCAAAAGACGUCGACAUGCCAGGUUGGACCUUAUUAUACUGAGCGCCUCCUUGCGUUUCUUAAUGAUCUCCACCAGCGCCUGGUACCAGAGCAGGGUCAGGAGGGUGAAAACAUGA